GUGAAGCGCUUAGGCUGCGUGUGUGUGAUGGCGGUAUUCCUAAUCAACAAUUGCAAAUUCAAUGGUUGCGGCCUGACGUUCCCCACACUACGAGAGCUCAUUUUGCACAUCGAAGACACGCACAUAGAUAACGACCCAAGACUACUAGAAAAGCAAGAACUGCAGCCACCGUCGUGCCUUCCUGUCAGCUGCGUUCUUAGGGUCUUCACGGAAGCUUCACGUGUGGAGCCACUCGGGACGAUCCGCAAGAGACAGCGGACGCUGUCGCCGGCGUCGUCAAUUUGCAGCAAUACGCCAACAGGAAGUGAGAUGGACGAAGAGGAGAUGAGUAGUGAAUCUGAUGACAGCAACGACUCGUGGACUACGCAGAACGAGUUCAUCUCGGAGUUCAUUAUGAGGAUGAUGAGCAGCGCAGGAUCGACGGAAGAGAAGCCAUUUGCCUGCCCUGUUCCGGGCUGCAAGAAGCGCUACAAGAAUGUCAACGGCAUCAAGUACCAUGCCAAGAAUGGGCACAAGAAGGAAGCCAAGGUCAAAAAAGGGCACCGUUGCCACUGCGGAAAGAGCUACAAGACUGCCCAGGGCCUGAGGGUGCACUCGCUAUCCCAACACUCGGGCGAGUCCUCCCAGCCUGCCGAUUCUCGGAUUUCGGGCUCCGGUGGUGGCGGAGGCGGCCACAUGCCGACAUCGCGACUGCAUGCCGGCCCUCUUCCCGUCAUGUCCCCAACCCUGCAACAGCACCUGUUGAGCCCUCUGGUCAUAAGGCCGGCCGUCGCGUCGAGCUUUGCUUCGGUCAGUGCGGAAGGUUGACGCCGUGUCCUCCUCUUCCCCUCGGUGGAACCGCAACAAAGUUUUGUGCCUCGGUGCAGGCAUCUUUUCACGGCAAAUGAACUGAUGAUCCACAACGUCGGGCGGGAGGCGUUCUGCCGACCAAAUGCCUCUCUGUCUUCGAGUUGAGUUGUUUUGGGUGUUUUUCUCUGUUCUCCCCGUGUUCAGUUUUGGCGCCGUGGUUUUCAGCUUGCAACAACGUUUGAGAACUCAACGAAAGGUUCUGUGUAUACAGGUGGAACAUCAUUGAAAAAUGGGGUGGGGGAUUUUUUUUUUUUAUCUAGAACAAAAGAGCCGUGCGUUUAUGCUAUUGAAAUUUCGACGACAACCAUGGGGGCAGGAUGUUAUGUGCUCUCAAGGCUGGAAUUGCAUUCUAAUCCACGUAGAUAGGGCUUACUAGAUUUUUAAUUUUUUUCUUGGUUUUGAUGAGCUUUCCGUGUGGUUACUUUGAGUGGCACAAGACAGUUUGUAAGGGCAUUGAAGGUAAUCACUGUUGCUAAGUGAGCAGCUCCUACCUGAAAGACCUUCUUGUCACGCUUUUUUUUUUGUCCCUAAAUAGUACCUUAAUUAAGAGAAUAAACGGGUAAUGUCUUGAGAAGUUGUAUUGCCACAGUCCUUGAGCCUCUUCACUUUCUUUUUUUCGUAAUGCAUGCUAACACAAUGGUAGUUGGUCUCCAGACACAUUGCAGACAAUUUUUUUUUAAUCACACAGAUAGUGGGAAACGACUGGCACCACACACUACUAGUAUUAAAUUCAGUGAUCUCAUUGAAAAGUCCAAGAACUACUUCUUUUGGCACCGGUUGUGUCUAGCUUGAGGCAGGCAUUUUUCUUUCGUAUCUUUGUUGCGCAUUGUUUGUGACCAAAAAAGCCUUUGGCUUGUUAGCCGAGAAGAUUCAAAGUGAACUUCGGCACGCUUUGUGAGGUGCAGCCGGACAGGCUUGCCUUGUCCGGCUCCCCGAAUGUACCCAAGAGUGAAUUUUUUUCUGAGAGUGAGAAAUUUUGCGGUGAAACUGCGGCAGCGAUUGAUUUACCCAAGAGAUUGAAAAGAAACCUACCAUCUCAGCAACCCCCCUCCCCCCCUCCUCUCCCAACCUUGCCCCUGUUUCUUGCCUUCUGAUUAGGGAUAAAGCAUCACCUCUGUACUCAGGUGUGAGCAAUGUUUGAAGUGCACUUUGUGUGGCCUUUGUUGCAUUUCAAGCACAAAAACAUGCAUCUGCGUGACUCCUGCCUACAGAGGUAGUUCCUGUCUGCCCCCCCCCCCCUCCCACCUAAAAGAAAUUCGGUAGCCCUCGGAAACUCACUUUCGAUGCCUUCAUUGCUCUGUGCUUAUCAGCUGCAUUUGUUACUUACGUUUUCAUCAAAGUCAACUCCCAGUGUAAUGCUUUCAGUCUAGACGCAUUGUUUAAGGUUCGAUCACCCCUACUGAGGAGGUUCUGUGUGCCUUCUCAUAGAUUGUUUUUUUGUGUUAUAUAUGUGGAAAUGUCAUGCAUUCCUCACAAAUUCUGCAUCUAUUUUAUAAGGAUAGUACAAAAAGACCCUGGAAAUUAUUGAAAUGCAUGACCUGGCUUUUCUCAAUGGGGGAUGGUAAGCAGCCUUAGCUUACAGCUUGAGUAAGCUUUUGUGUACGCCCUUCUAACUAGGAGUCGAGGUGGCAUUGUUAUCAGCUUUUGGAGUGCUGGUCUGAUAUGAUCAUUCGUCGUAAUUGAAACGUUCUUGAACAAAACUUCCGUGUGAUGUCACAAUAUAGGCUGCGGUGAUGUAUUAGCCGGUGGCACUAAUGGAGAAAAAAAAAAACUGUACCUGCAGUGAGCCAUUCUUGGGUCAUACUACAUAGCGAAGUUUCUAAACCAAAAUGAAUCCUCAACUCUUGUUUUCGUGGACCUGUAGUAGUCGAUGGAAAUGACUGUGCCUAGACUGAACUGGCUCGCUGCGUUUCGGUAGAGUCACUGAUGUCGAGUUGCGUUGUGGUGUUGUUUCGUUGUCGUUUCUGCCUUUGCGUUUGCUGCAAUCAAAAUGCGCAAGGAAACUACGUGGAAUGAAAACAGUAUUGUCUACCACAAGUGGUAUGCCUCCUUACCCGCUCUUGUCACGUACGCUUCCAGAGACAGUAGUGAGAUAGGUUUCCGCUCUCAAAGUAGACGAGUAUUGAAUGUCUGAUGGCACACUUUUCCCCAGUUGCGCAGGACGUCAACGGGUCUGCCUUGAAAGCCUUGUACCUGUAGAGCACAGGCAACAGCCGGUUCGGCGUCAAGGACUUAACUCUAACUGCUCUUUUUCUAAGGAUGUUCUUGCAAUUUGAUGGAGAAUCUUGUUCGACAAGAAUCCAUAUCCCUAGUAGCACAAAGUGGGGCUAACAUGGGAUCGCAUAGUUGGGCCAACAUUGAGAUGAUAUUGAGCUCACAUUGGACUUCCAUGCUGUGCUAUUGGGAUGUGAGUGGGGGAACCCCCAUUCAUGUACUUGAAGCAUGUUGAAGCUUUAUGUGGAACAACUUAGUAGCAGCUUCAGGUUGUGUAACCCAGGCAGCCUGUACCAUGUUAAUUUGUUAAGUUACGGUUGUAAUAGUUGCUGCAUUUAAAAUUAUUUGAAAUGGAAUGUUUGGCAUUAAGAUCUCCGAGAGCUCCUUUUUUGCCGCCGAGAAGCUUGCACACAUUAUGGCCAAUGUCAUCUUGCCACACGUCAACUGUCACUGCAGAUGUCUUUGUCAGUUAAUGCUCUAGUAGUGUAGGGGCAGAAUUGCACGUUUCUUCUUUGUACCAAAGAUAACCGGUGAAUGUCGUGUAUUUUUUGUCCUUUAUCAUUAGAUGGUUAUGUUGUCGCCAAGUUUUGCUAAGGAAAAAGUACUGCACCUUUCAGCAUACUGUCACAGCUUUCGAGAUUGAGGACGCUUCUGCCCAAACAACUGUCAAACAGUGCUAGAUGACGUUAUGCGUAUCCAGGUGUGGAGAGCCCAUGCUUUUCAUUGUGAUCGUCGCUUUUUUUGUUGUUUUUUGUGAUCACUGUCAAGGUCACAUCCAACUUCUCCUUUCGCACCAUUGUCUGCUCUAGAAUUUGUAGCUAUUUUGUCAUCAUUCUGUGGUUUUGGCAUCAGUCAUGUUGUCAGCAGCACCAGUGAACAAAAAAACAAAAACAAGAAAGAAAAAAAAAACCAUUGUGAUGCUUUCUGUGUACGCUCUAAUAAGCUACAGGCCACUGUUGGGAAGGAAAGCAAUAGUGUGUAGUCUGCAGUAUCUUUGCUAAUAUGACAGGCACUUAUUUCUUUGUUGGAGCACUGUUUGCUAACUUAGGGAGUGUGUGUGAUAGUGACACGUUUUGCGUCGAUAAGGGAUGCCGUUAUGAAUAACUCUUUCAGCUAAACUGUUGGCUAGCUUUUCAAUUCAAUUUGUGCUUGCAUUUCCCAUAAACGUUGUAUUUUGUUUCAGAUUUUCUUUAAAGCCCUGCUUGGGAACGGUAGUUGCCUGUUUAACACGGAAUACAUUGCAAAUAUUUGCAUUGGCUGCACUGGUGCCAUACUGAAUGAAGUUUCUCGGCGAAAGGGACGGCGCCGUCGGUUCCAGCAUAGUCGUUCUCGCAUUGCUGCCAACAGAUGGCGACACUGUUGCUUCCACCGAGAAAUUUAAUGUUUGCCUGGUGUCGGUGCUGAAAAAGUGUACUUCGGAGUUAUCUUGGACGAAACCGGCAAGUGCUGCAUCUAGGCAGGGUAUGAAACAAAAACCCUAUGGAGCUCAACUUCUGCCUUAAGCAUGAGCGAGCUUAAUUUAGCCGGGCGAACCACUUAUAGCAGGCUGUCUUAUUGUGGCAACAUUCCAUAUCUGUGCUCACUUAGUGUUGCAUUUGUCGCUUCCGUGUUCGUUUGAAGAAUCUCGUAGCAGCAGUUAUUAUUAUUUUUUUCUCGCAUUGCCUAUCGUGGAAAUUUCUAGAUCCAUCCUGGUUAUGGCAAACACUGGUUCUGCCAUAACUGUGCCCAAAAUGUGAUAUUGUGUUUAACUUUGCUGUGCAUUUAUGUGGCCCCCUCUGUCCUCCAUUGUAUUUUUUUGCAACAAUGUCUUGCCACUGUGUCAAGAAUUCUUUGUCUCCCCAAACUCUUCUUACACUGUUCAUUUCUAAAACUGCUACCCUGGUACUUGUUCCAGUUUUAGCACAUCCUUGUUAUCUCCUGCUAGGAAGUCUUCAGCUGUUCCAUUUUUGUUCCAGUAGGCAUUUUUUUUUUGUUACUGCUCAGUGUAGUCAUGUCGUGCCUGUCAGGCAACCUUGUUCAGUGUGGUUUAGACACCUUUGCUUUUGGAUUAUGUUGUGGCGUGUGCGAGGACAAGUCGGGUCAAAGUGCAGUGCAGCUCACUCUUAAUGGGAGCACCUCAGUAGUCACUUAUAUAAACUGACCACUUCUUAAUUAAUGAAGUGGGCCGAUGUGAUGUGCUAAGGAGACAUCUGUUUAAAAAAAAAUAAAAAGUUAGCCUGCUGGCCUCUGUACUUAGCUGGAGCUGCAUUAAGGAAUGUAAUAGUAUUUAUGUGCUCCCAUUAACAGUGGACCAGACUGCAUGGAUUUGCAUUAUUAUAAUUUGGUUGAGUUCUCAAAAGGUUACCCUCCCCGGCCCUUUUGUGGUAAAUUUAUGGUUUGUGUGUUAUAUUCUUGAAAAUGCGGUAAUCACAUAUAAAUGCGAAGCACGCUGUCAGAAUGCUUAUUUGGUCAGGGCUAUAGGCAAACUUUUUUUAGUAAUGUGUCCACUUCAGUUUACAUUGCCUUUAGAUUGGUUUCUGUGCAAAUUGUGUUACUGUAUGUUUUGAAUGUUGAAGAAGGUGUCAUUCUGUAAUACACUACGUUCACGUUUAGUCAUUAGUGAGGGCACAAAGAUAUUUUGUGGCUAGAAUGAUUACACAGAUUUGCCUCUGCGCAGUAUUUUCUUCAACCCUUCCCCCCUCACACACACAUCAGAGCCAGCGCCCACAAUUAAAUGACUAACCUAAUUGAUGACAUUUCAGUGUUGCAGAAAUUGUACCGGCAGCCCUGUGAGUUCACUGAAUUUGAUUUGUAGCUGGAUUCCUGCAUUGAAAACAUUAUUGCAUUUGUGUCAGAGUGUAGUAUUAUUACUAAUUAAGAAAUUGACUUGCCACAUUUUUCUUGCCUUGGGGUUAUUGGUUUAAUUUUUGUUGCCAAGUGAAUGCAAAUGGCGGGUGAGCUGUGUGGAGCUAAUGUUGUACACAGCACAGAUCAUGUUGUGUUCUUUUUUCUGGGAUGUGGGCUGUCAAUGUAAAAAAAAAUGUUACAAAAAUAAGGCAAUAAAAAAUUGGUUGCACAUUCA